CACAGAAUAUUGACAUGAACACUAGAAGUACUUACUAUCCGUAUGAGGAAAGUUACAAAUUGAGAAGAAGUCCAUCAACACCACGGGAAUCUACUAGCACUAUGACUUAUACUGCCAAGAAAAAUACAGAUAACAAGAUGAAAGGCAAUCAGGAUUUAGAUGUUGGUGAACGAGGUCGAGCAAGAAGCAGGCAUGAUCCUGAUAAUGACAGAACCUCUGAUGUUGAAAAGAAUAGUGACUCCUAUUAUUCUGAUGAUUAUGACAAUACAACGUAUGAGUCUGACCAGACACCAACACCAAGCUUUAAGUCUAGAUCUCCGCGUGGUAAAAAGGUCAACCCAAAAUUUAGGUCUUCUACACCAGAGCAAAGCAAAGGUUUCAGAAAAACAGGAUCCAAGUUUUUAUCAAGUAAAAAGUUACCUCAAAGGGGAUUUCGUUCCCAGAGUCUUAACAAGGAGUCUCCUGCAAAAGACAUAAAUCUGGUAACCAAGAGAGUCCUUUCUGCUCGACUCUUGAAAAUAAAUGAGCUUCAGAAUGAAUUGACAGAGCUACGCAUCAAACUUGAGGAGCUUCAAAAAGAAAACAAGACCCUGAAGAAAUUGCAAUUCAGGCAAGAGAAAGCACUAAAUAAAUUUGAAGACACAGAAAGUGAGAUAUCACAGUUAAUAUCUCGGCACAACAACGAGAUCCGGACUUUAAGAGAGCACUUACGAAAAUCCCAGGAGAAAGAAAGGAACGCGGAAAAGAAACUUAAAGACACCGAGGAUGAAUUGUACAGGACAAAUGCAACGUUAAAGAAAUUGAAACAGUUGUCUGAAAAUCGUCACUUAGCUGAGCGUGAAGAGCUAACAAGGAAAGUUGACCUUCUAGAAAGCCGGCUGGAUGAUCGGGAGAGAAAAGUAAAGGAUCUGGAAAAGAACAUUGAAUUGACUCAGAGCAGUUUCCAGAGGCAGCUGCAGUCCGAGAGAAAGAAGGCCUAUGAUGCUCAAGAAGACAAUAAGAUGCUCAAAGAGGAGCUUCAGAAAAUGACCCUGAAAUUAAAGGAGAAAGAAAAGGAACUUGAUAUAAAAAACAUAUAUGCUUACCGUUUAAGUAAGCCAUCCCCAAAGAAAAUUACAGAGGUUACACCAAGGAGAAAAGUUAUGAGCCAUAGCAUAAGCCCAAGGGGAUCAGGUAUUAAAAGCGCAGAUGAGGAGUUUUCACCAACGCCACCCUUGCCUCCUCCACCUCCACUUUUAAUUGAUGAAGUUGAGGAGAACCAGCAAGCUGCUCUCAACAUGGAGCAAAAUAACUUUGAAAAACAGCUAAGAGAGGAAGCAGAUGAGCUUAAACGGGAAAAGGAAAUGGCAGAGAGACGGAGACAGCAAGAAGAUAGGCAGAGAAAAGAACAAGAGAGGAAGAUGCUAGAGGACAAAGCAAGGAUUUUGCGUGAAGAAUGGGAAAAAGAAGAAUCUGAAAGAAGGAGAAAAGAUUUAGACCACCAAAGCAAACUUAAAAAAGAAGAGCACAUAAAUACUACAGAAGAAGAAAGGCAUAAAAAGGAGCUUCUGCUUGCAAAGCUGUUUGAAAUUGAUAAGGAGACCCAAGAUACAUUUCACUCUGAUUUACACAAGUCUCCUCCUCAAACACCACCAGAUUCAUACCUAAAUCUGGACACCGCUAAAACAAAGCACAAGAUGUACACCUUCUCUGAGCCCACUCAAAAACUGUUCAAUGGGCUUCCAGUUCAUGAUAGUCGUGACGUUUCUUCAAACACCGAAGCAUCCAUCCGCAGAAACAAAAACCUUGAUUCUGCUGUUGAUCUUACAUUUGGUAAUUACACUCCAUCUUUUGGAAAAGGACGAUCUGUUGCACUAGAUCAAAAGGAUCAAAAAAUAUUGGAGGACCCGGUUAUUAUAAGCAAUACUAAAUUAAAUAUACAGAAAGAUAAAAAGUCCAAUUUACUUGAGCAGCUUUUUGGAAGCAGCUCUACCACUGCACUCCCAUCAAUCCCUAAAGCCAAUGACUCCAGCGGCCUUGCUGCAGGCAAUGCCAAAAUUGAUCAAGGUUCCCAAAAUACCUUUCCAUGGGAAAGGAACACUAAAGAAAAAGAUGAUCCUUUCAUCACCGGUAGUGGCAAAAGCAUAAACUCUAAUAGACACAGCUCACAACCCACAGUAGGAAAACCCCUCAUAAAACCUAUUGACUUUUCAGAGGAUGACAUUGAAGAAGUGGUACUAUAAAACAGAGAAACAAUAUGUGGCAGAACACUCCUUUAUAAUAUUUUAUACUGUCCUUAAUUUAAAAUAUAAAAUUGCAAUAUGUGAGAGAGUGUUAAUCAGCCUUCUUAUUUAUUUGCAAUGUAACUUUAUUGAAUAAAUUCUAAUGUGAAAAGUG